GGCUUCGCGGUUCCACUGCCGGCCAACCAACGGCGAAGUGGCGAGUGGAGACCGGGCGCCCCGCUGUUGGAGGCCAUGGCCGUGAGGAGCGCGCCGUGCAUGCUUGCCGUGGCAUUCGUCGCCGCCGCUUGGGUCUCCGUUGCGUCUUCAGUUCCUGAGCAGGCAGGCAGCAGCCAGAAGGCUGUCAAUUGUAUGCCUUGCUCUAGGACGUACAUUGCCGACACAUAUCUUGACGCCUUGACGGGACAGCUUGCCGAACACCGUGACUUAACUGAAGUGUCUGAUACUGCUGACUUGUGUAAAGGACUUACUGAUGACCUUGAUGUGCCUAUGGUUUCAGAAGUGCACAGACAACUGGUUGGUGAAGGUUCCCACCGCCGUUUAGUCUAUUCUGUCAAAUUUGGUAACUGCAAAGAUGCUAUGUUAAAAUUCUUUGAUGACUAUGAUGCCAAUCUAGUGAUAAUUGAAAAGCUCCCCAGUGGGGUAUUUGCUGACCCGUUUGAGCUUCAACAUUUUGUUGAGCGGAAAGUUUUCCUUGAUGUUGGGGUUUUUGGAGACACGAAUCUUGAACUACCCUCGGCUCUGUCCAACCGGUCAGCUGUCGAGAUUCAUUUUGAUCUCAAGCCAAGCAAGUCAAGGGACUGUAACCUUGUAGUAGAGCUUCCUCUCCACGCUAGAUACCCGAAGAAUAUUUAAGCUAGUGAACAGUGUGGGAGAUGGAUAUCUGGAUAAACUAAAAAUUCUGAUGAACUGAACCAUGGCAAGAAAAGGUCUGCAGUGUACAGUCAAUCAAGAGACUAGGAAAUCUGGCACGACAUCUGCUUGUCCAAUGUUCUUUCUCCCAACAAAUCUGGCACAACUUUCUGUCCAAGCUGAACCUGCUAAGCUGCAUGCCCCGGGCUGAUAAGAAUUUUAACACCUGGUUCGCUUCAGCCGCCGCCGGUGCUAUCCCUACCUUGCAAAAAGGUGUCAAAUCACUUAUCUUGCUCACCAUCUGGCGGCUAUGGAAGACUAGGAAUGAGGUGGUUUUCAAGGAACUUACCCCCAACAGGUUGGAUUUGGUCGUUUCCAUUCUUGAGGAAGCAAAGCUAUGGAUGUAAGCUGGUGCUAAGGCACUUCGUCGCCUACCCCUGCACUCCAGGCCCCCAGAUGGCAUGUUAAACUAGAGCAUGCCAGGCUAACAAAUGUUAGCCUUGAGUCUUUCUCUUUCUUUUUUGGUUGUUCUUUGUUUGCUUUAGUUGUCCUUUCUUUUCUGUUCUUUUUGGUUGGUAGCUUGGCUACGCUGUUGUUCUGCCCGCUUUCUUUGCGGUUUCUUCUAAUAUACAACAAAGACACGCGCUUUGGCGUGUGUUUGAGAAAAAAGAGACUAGGAAAUCAGAAACACAUACCUUAAACUGAAUGCUAAUAAUUAAGUUGCGUGAAAUCACUGUUCAUCGUAUAUUUGUGCGUUUACGCUUCCAUCUCUGUAGGUUGGGUUCAAUAUUUUCCCGGACUGUGGAUCUCUGGCUACCUAAAUUUCACAUGAUUUUAGAAUAUUUUACAAAGAUUGGUAUCAAGAGAUUGAGUGAAACAAGGGACAGUGCAAUGCUUAUGGUGAAGAGGAAAGCAAUAGGAGUGUAUUUGGUUUAAUUUUCUAGGAAACACCAACUUUAGAUAUGUAACGGAAUCUUGCACCUGAAAUGCUCUUAAGUACGUUGGAAAAACUGGUGGACGUUAUAGGAAAUAACAAGAGAAUAAUGAAGAAAGCCAACUUUUGUAGCAACGUUCACUGACCCCACCCUCAUUUCCAUGUUAUAACUUGCUGUUGGGCUUGUAGUUUUAGAUUCCAAAUGGACUCCUUUUUUUAUCUUAUCAUGUUUGACUUCUCAUAUAUAGAAUCAGCAUAAAUAAUUGCAGGGUUUGUAAAAAAGGUGGCUCUGAAUUAUUUGCUUUUUUGCCAGUAUAUUCUUCAUAUGGUCUUAGCGAAUCAGUAUUCAUUAUCCCUUUAAGAUUCUGCCAUCUAGUCCUAUUUCAGA